AUGGUGCCGGUCGGCAGCCAGCGGGGCCCCUUGCCAGGCGAGCUCCGAGGUGGGAAUCGCUUAGUCAUUACCAGCGGGGGCCAGGUGCCCGGCCUUGGAAGAGCUUGGACCCUAGACACUGUGUACCCAGCGAGGAGGCCAGCCCGGCUGGGGAUGGGCAAAGUCAAGACAAAGGCCCAGUUGUGCCCUCGGAGAAAACCCAAACCUGGGUUUCCCUGCGGCCGAAACUGCCAGUACUCAGCCCACCUCAUUCCCAUAAAGGAAACUUUGUGUGUGGCUCCCGGCGGCGGAGGCAGCCAGCAUCGCCCGGCGCCCAGACGCUCCCUGGGAAUGGGCGUGACCGCCUCGGAGCCACAAGUUGCUGCGAUGAUAACUCCUGUGACCCUUGACCUCUUAGAGCUGACACUGGGCCAGACGAUGUCCAGACAGUCAUGUUGGGGACAACGAGUCUGUUCUCCGUGUCUGCAGGCCAGCCUUGUUGGGACCAGACCAGAAACAUUCUUGGAAAACCGAGUGGGUGAGGGGCUGCCGGGACAGGACUACGAUAGGAGGCACCUGGUGAGCCAGUCUGUGCCAGUGGGCAGCAGGGGGCCGCGGGAGCCCCAUCUGGAAGCCAGCUCUGCCCCUGCCCCCCGCUGGCUGCUGCCCCCUGAAUAG